CUACAUCUCACUCUUUCUUUCUACUCAUGAUCUUGACUCAAGUCUUCUCACAACCCUUAAUCCCUUAUCUUCAACCGCACUAACCUCAAUAUUUCCCACUAUCAAACCCCAAACCCUCCAUCAACAAUAAAUACCUACCCCAAUUAUUUAAGCCCCCAUUUCCACUCCAAAACCUAAAACCCCUCUUCUCUUCUUCACUCCCUCCCAACCCCAAACCCAACAAAAAAUCACUAUUUUUUUUUUUAUUUCUUAAGAUACAAACAUGACGCGCACGCUCAGAAUUCUGAAAUCGGCGGAGAACGCAACCGCGGUGGCGGCGGCGGCGCCUCCGCCGGAGGCGGUGGCACUGGAGUCGGACUUCGUGGUGAUUCUGGCGGCGCUGCUGUGCGCGCUAAUAUGCGUGGUGGGGCUGGUGGCGGUGGCGCGGUGCGCGUGGCUCCGGCGAGGGUCCGGCGGCGGAGGGUCGGCGAUGCAGGCGGCGGCGGCGAACAAGGGCGUGAAGAAGAAGGUGGUGCAGUCGCUGCCGAAGUUCAACUACGUGGACAGCAACCCUAGCAAGUGGGUUGCGACGUCGGAAUGCGCGAUUUGCCUGGCGGAGUUUGGCGCCGGCGACGAGAUCCGCGUGAUGCCGCAGUGCGGACACGGCUUCCACGUGACCUGCAUCGACACGUGGCUCGGAUCUCACUCCUCCUGCCCUUCCUGCCGCCAGGUUCUCAUGGCCGCGCGCUGCCAGAAGUGCGGCCGGUUCCCCGCCGCCGGCUCCUCCAGAACGCCGGCGACGGAGCCGGAGUUGAAAUCUCGAGAAGACGACAAUGCCGCUUCUAAUAGUAACAGUAAUCAUAAUAGUACCAGUGAGAUGGAACAUCAUCAUCAUCACAGCCACCAUGCCAACACUGGGUUCUUGCCCUGAAUUAACAUAGUUUUUUGUAUUUAUUAGCUGUUUCUUUUUUCUUUUUCUUUUUUUACUUUUUGUAACUUUUUUCCUUGUUAUCCCUUCAAGUUGAUCAAAGAGAUCGGAAUUUGGGCCAUUUUUCUC